AUGUCGGGGUCGCGUUGUUUUCUCGGCCGGGGGGAUCCAGUUGUCCAGAAGGUGGCGGAGACCCGCGGCGACUUCGUCACGGUCGGAGCUGUACCUCGGGGGUCCAUCUGCUGGGCGGACAAUAACGCUCUGGAUAGAUAUUGGCGGUACGGUAGAACCGAGGGCCGAGCGGAGGAAUUUACGGGUUUGGCGGCAGUUAAACCAUGCAGUAAGUUGUUGCACCCUCGUUUGUCGGAGACUGGUAGUACGCCAGUCCCGACGCUUGCGGCACACAUUGGUCCAGCGUGUGAUGCCCUGUCGGAGCCAGUGGUCCCAGUCGUGGGCUGGGUCCUGUGGGGUAGGCAUUGUGGUCCACCAUUCGCCAACCGCGAUGGCUCCAACGCGGUGCCAGCACGAGGUGGGGAGCAGGUGAGCAAGUCGGGUGUAUUCUGCGCCAGUUCGUGGUGCCGCCUCGUGUAG